UAUGGAUUAGGUUCGCCGUAUCAGUGGCUAAGGGAGUUAAGAUGUGACUCUAAUAGCUCAAAUCCAAUAAGCCUUCUUAUUGAGUGUGCAAAAUGUGUUGCAUCUGGAAGCAUAAAAAAUGCAGAUAUUGGACUUGAGUAUAUUUCUCAGAUUUCAUCACCUUAUGGUAGUGCCGUGCAAAGAGUGGUCACUUAUUUCAGUGAAGCACUUGGAUACAAGAUAGUCCAACAUUUACCUGGUGUAUACAAAGCUCUCAAUUCCUCGAAAACUUCAUUGUCUUCAGACGAUAUCCUUGUUCAGAAAUACUUCUAUGACCUCUGUCCCUUUUUGAAGUUUUCAUACCUGAUAACAAACCAAGCAAUUGUCGAAUCAAUGGAAAGUGAAAAAGUUGUUCAUAUUAUUGAUCUCCAUUGUUCCGAGCCAGCACAAUGGAUAAAUCUUAUACAAACUUUAAAGAAACGUCAUGGAGGUCCGCCUCAUCUCAAAAUUACAGGCAUUCAUGAAAAGAAGGAGGUAUUGGACCAAAUGAGCUUUCAUUUGACAACUGAAGCCGGAAAUUUGGAUUUUCCUUUACAGUUCAAUCCAAUUGUUAGCAAACUCGAAGAUGUUGAUUUCGAAAACUUGCCUGUCAAGACAGGAGAUGCUGUUGCAAUUACUUCUGCUCUUCAGCUGCAUUCUCUCCUUGCAACCGAUGAUGAAAUGGUUGGGAAGAUCUCGCCAGCAGGACCAUCCUCUAUCAAUCUGCAGAGAGCAGGACAGAUGGGUCAGAGGACUUUCGCAGAGUGGCUUGAAAGAGAUAUGAUCAAUGCAUAUAUCUCGAGUCCCGAUUCAUCAUUAUCACCUCUUUUUUUAGGUGCUUCACCUAAGAUGGGGAUCUUUCUUAACGCCAUGCGGAAACUAAAACCGAAACUUUUAGUGAUUACUGAACAGGAAUCAAAUCUAAACGGAUGUAAUUUAAUGGAGAGAAUUGACCGAGCGUUGUACUUUUACACUUCACUUUUUGACUGCUUGGACUCAACUGUUACGAGAACAUCAGUGGAGAGACUAAAACUUGAAAGCAUGCUUCUUGGAGAGCAAAUAAAGAACAUCAUUACUUGUGAAGGAGUUGAUAGAAAGGAGAGGCAUGAGAAGGUUGAGAAAUGGAUUAGAAGGCUUGAAAUGGCUGGAUUUGAGAAGGUACCUUUGAGUUACAAUGGGAGGAUAGAAGCAACAAGUCUAUUGCAGCGAUAGACCACUCUUUUCUGUGUCGGCAUGGAGUUUUAGGAGAUGAACAUUCAUAUAUAUGCUGGAAUAAGAAAGUCACUUUGCACUGUUACAUUAUUUUGCCAUGAAUUUCAAGAUAUAUGAAGAGAAAUAAUCAACAAGACAUGAGUUUUAGGAGAUUAAUGGGUUUUUUACUUUUACAUUUUUUUUCUUUCCUAUGUUUUAAUAUUUGUUGUAUAGAUUUUAUAUUUUUUUUAACUGAUUUCUGAAGUGUUUCAAAGAAGUAAUAUGAUACUGUUAGUACUCUCUGGUUGGUUUAAGAAAUUUCUGUUGUUUUUUAGUAUUUUAUGUUGCCUAUUUAAUGUCCUACCUUUGUACAUAGAGCUCUCAAUUCCUAAAAAUCAUCACAGUUUUCAGAAGAUAUCGCCGUUUAUAUGAUGGGAUACUGGGGCUGUGCAAACCUCUGGUAUGCCCUCAUCAGGUGAUGGCUUCACUUUAUCUUAGAUAAUGGUUACAUUUCAAGUUCAGGUAAUGGCUCCAUUUGUACUUCACUCGACAGCAUGAGCAUGUCUGGUACAAA